CGAGGUUUACGUUUAAUUAUUUUGACCGCACCCUCCAGGCCUCCACUAUAAAUUAUGGCUCUAAGCUCCAUAGAACCAUAUGUUAAUCGUUCAGUAUCAAUAAUUACGGGUGAUGGCAGAGUAAUUGUGGGGACAUUAAAAGGUUUUGAUCAAACGGUUAACAUAAUCCUCUCCAAUAGCCAUGAGAGGGUUUACUCCAGCAGUAGUGGUGUGGAACAGGUUCAGUUAGGACUUUAUAUCAUUAGAGGUGACAAUAUAGCUGUGAUUGGCGAGCUAGAUGAAGAACUAGAUUCUGAAAUUAAUUUAAAUGAUAUAAGAGCAGAACCACUCAAUCCUGUUGUACAUUAAAUUGAUGUAAAAAAAUAUCACUUUUAAAUUGGA